AUGGAAAAUGACGUUUUCCUUGCUUUGAUCACAAGCGCCACAGAAGUAGGCAACACACGGCCAUCGGGAACCAACCCUGAAUCUGUUGCUCGGAUUCACGAAGUCUGCUUUUACAGUCUCACGACCUCGACCUGGGACGACCUUUCAGCAGGCAUAGAUGGUGCAGACGAGAUUGGCUAUAGAGACAGUUACAGCGGUCAACAAACACCUCCCUUGUUUGAGCACCCGUGCAUGCCCCUCACGAAGAUCAUUUCGUCUGGCUCCUUUUACUAUGCAAUCGAUACAACAUGGGAUCUAUCAUCGAGACUAGCAGUUCGUCUCGCCAAGGAUUCACAGUCACCAAAGGAAAGCAUAUCUUUUGACGAGAGAUUUGUAUGGAAUGAAUAUAUCAUUCGGAGUCUUCUUGAUUUUCGAGAAAGGUUGGAUCCACUUGAGAGAGACGAUCUCGAUGCCUGCCAGUUCAUCGUCCUCGCUAUUCAAGGGUAUGUCGGAGUAUUCACGAUGGCAUUGCCUGCUCCUCCGGUCGAUGGAUCGCCGACCGUAGCAACGUUGGCUCUCAUCUCGCGGCUAGGUUGGAAAAGGGCUGGAACCAGGUUCAAUACACGCGGAGUGGACGAUGAUGGGAACACAGCGAAUUUUGUCGAGACAGAAACUAUAUUUACUACUGACCAACACUGUGUCAGCUACGUACAAGUUCGCGGAAGUGUUCCCUUGUUCUGGGAGCAACAGGGGUUGCAAACUUUUGGUCAGCGUAUACAAAUCACCCGACCUCAUGCAUCCCAGCCCGCGUUCGAACGGCAUCUGUUCCAACUCAUGGAGGAGUACGGAUCUAUUCAUGCCAUUAAUCUCUUGGGACAGAAAGAAAACGAAGCAUCCUUGACGAAUGCGUACGCUCGUCAGCUUCAAAUUGCACGUGCUGCUCUUGGAGACGAACUUGGGAUUACGCACUUCGAUUUUCACAACGCCGUGAGGAUUGGUGGUCAUGAGAGCGUUGUACGAGAACUUAAACGUAUGGAAACUAUUGUGGAUCACGUUGACAAGUUCGGCUUCACGAUGUGCGAUGCUACAACGGACGAACUGGUAACAGACCAGAAAGGUGUCUUCAGAACGAAUUGUUUAGAUUGUUUAGAUCGCACCAACUUCGUACAAGACAUUCUUUCUCGAACCACCUUGGAACAGUACCUGCUUCUUGUCCGCCGGGAAUGGCUGCACUCCAACACCCUAUGGACACAUCACCGCGAGCUUUGGGCCGAAAACGGUGAUGCAUUAUCCCGGAUAUAUGCUGGAACAGGUGCCCUCAACACGAGCUUUACAAGAAGUGGGAAGCGCACAUUAGCUGGCGUUAUUUCCGAUGCAACGAAGAGUGUGUCUAGGGCGUAUAUCAACAACUUCCAGGAUAAAGGAAAACAGGCGGCCAUCGAUAUGUUCCUCGGAAAUCUCAGUAAUCAGCGUCAAGUCACUAUUUAUGACCCGAUACACGACCACGUUCGAGCAACGCUGGACCAACGAUCGGCGGAGUACUCAACGACAAAGCAAUGCAUUAUCUUAGUGGGCACAUGGAACCUAAACGGCCGGGCACCGUCGGAGUCAUUACUUCCCUGGCUAUUUCCCCGAGAAAGUUCAAAUGAGUGCGCCUGUCAGCUUUACUUCGACCUCCAGCUGCUUAUCAAAAUUAGACCGGAUAUGUUCGUGCUGGGCUUCCAAGAAAUUGUCCCAUUGACCGCACAACAAAUCGUACAGACGGAUCCGGAGAAACGUCGUGUAUGGGAAAACAAAAUCCUGGCCACCCUUGAUCGCCGUCCACAGAAGAAGUGUGAUUACGUUCUUCUCAGGAGUGAACAGCUCGUUGGAACUGCAUUGUUGAUCCUAGUGAAGUCGGAGCUGACAGCUGUCAUAAGAAAUGUAGAAGGAACGUCUAGAAAAACUGGAUUGCGUGGCAUGUCUGGGAACAAAGGUGCAGUUGGAAUACGACUGGACUAUCAUGAUACCAGUUUUUGCUUCCUUACUGCCCACCUUGCCGCUGGUCAUUCGAACGUCGAAGAACGAAAUGCAGACUAUCGGACUAUCGUAAACGGACUGCACUUUCAGAAGGGAAAGACUAUUCAAAGCCAUGAGAAUGUCAUCUGGCUAGCUGAUACAAACUACCGGAUCGACCUCGACAAUGCGACCGUACGGGCGCUGGCGGAGCAUGAUGACUUCGACCCACUUUGUGCAGCUGAUCAGCUGCGGCAAGCCAUGGACUCGAACGCCGCAUUCGCCGGGUACGAAGAGGGCCCACUUCUCUUCCGGCCGACAUACCGCUACGAUCUUGGGACCGACAUCUACGACACGAGCGAGAAGAUGAGAAUCCCAGCCUGGACAGAUCGAAUUCUUCACCGCGGCAGUGCUCUUGACCUGGCGGUCUAUUCUAGAGCCGAAUUGCGGGGAUCUGACCAUAAACCAGUGUUUGCCAGAUAUAGAGCGAAAGUCCGAGUUGUCGACCCUGUGAAGAAGGCGGCGUUGUCCCGCAUGCUUCUAGAGAGCAUCGUGUCUACGGAGCCAGGAGAGAGUCUGGACGAAAAGUUGGCAAAUCUAACCCUGCCUAUGAACACAGUAGAACUGCCCCUGCCUAGCACAGAUGACAAAAGCUGGUGGGAUACUGCAGAAUGGCCUAGGGGGUUGGUGCCGAUAGCAGAGAUUCUGAAACUGGACUUGUAUCGAAACACCAAUCCCUUCGUAUCACCAGCAACAUCCCCACUGUCUUCGUCUCCCUCCUCCUCUGACGAGGAACUGUAUUCACAUGCUCUGACACUGCAGACACCCAUGGCACCCAUCCAAGCAACUGCGCGAAGGCCAGCACCUCCACCACCUCGUUUGCAGAAACAAGCAGAAACAAGCGACUCAUGA